AUGGCGGAUAAUCUCGGUCCAAUCCUGUUCAGCGCCCUCAUCGGAUACCUCAGUGCCAAGGGUAACAGACCUCGCUGGGCUGCGGGCGCCAUGGUCAUGGCGGGAGUUUCGAGUAUGCUCGGAGCGAUGCCGUAUUUUAUCUACGGACCCGUUGCGUCGGUGUACUAUUCCGCUGGGACUUCUUACCUUGACGACAGCGUUUCGAAGAAGCACGCGCCCACGUACAUGACGAUCACGGCUUUCAUGAGAGGAAUCGGACCGAUUCUGGGCUUCCUCCUAUCAUCGUAUUGUCUGCAGAAGUACGAGGAGCCGGAAUACCCACCGGACUACGACCACGAGGACCCUCGUUGGAUAGGAGCGUGGUGGAUGGGAUUCGCGAUUCUUUCGUUUUUCAUGAUUUUCUUCUCGGUCCCGCUACUCCUCUUCCCGAAAAAGAUGCGGAGACCCGGCAUCCGACGAAAAUCGUACAUGGUCAGCGACAUCUAUCAGAACACUCUGCGACUCAUCAUGAACCCCAUCUACACGCUGCACCUGUGCAGUCAGGUUUUCAAAUGGUUUGGCAUCAUGGGCUACUUCAACUACAUGCAGAAGUACCUCCAAGAGCAAUUCAGAGUUUCGGCUUCUGACGCUUCCCUCUACGGGGGCGCGGUGCCGCUGCUCGUGGCUCUUCUGACGACAUCCCUCGGUGGAGUCUUCGUGAGGUACGUCAAACCAAGACCGAAAACGUUGACAUUUCUCAUGUUCAUCUGUGAAGUAGUCACCGUGCUGCUCUUCGCGAGUCUACUCCUUUAUUCGUGCGAGCCGCCGGACUACACACAAGGACCUGGGGAAGCAAGCUCGAGGGACGACAUGUUCACCCGCUGUAACGCCAACUGUAGUUGCUCGUCCGACAUCUUCCAUCCUGUGUGCAUAGGAUCUACCACCUAUUUCUCUCCCUGUUUCGCCGGCUGCCGAGCGAACAGCAGCAUAGUCAGCGCUCUUGAUCCCACGAUCGAUCGGUACGAAAACUGUGAAUGCGCGAAAUAUCAUCUCAAAGAGAAACCGUUCGAAAAACCUCUCCUCGCGGUCGAGGGGCGAUGUAACGAAGAGACUCCUGAAUGCACUCGACAAUUCAUGUUCUACAUCAUCACGCUGACGUCGAUGUAUUGUUUGGCGUUUUUGCUCCAAGUCGCUCACAUUCUGCUACCCAUGCGAUGCGUGGAUAAAGAAGACAAAACAUUCGCUCUCGGAGUCUUUGAAGGAGUCUGUUGUCUUUUCGCUUUUAUACCGUAUCCUUUCGCGUACAGCGCCAUCAUAGACUACUCGUGCAUUUUCUGGGAGCAGAGCUGUAAUCAGUUCGGCAACUGCUGGAUAUACGAUCUUUCGCGGCUCAACAAAUUACUACACGGAAUGCCGGUGAUAACGUGCAUUGUGAACUGUGUAUGCAUGUUCGGCAUCUAUCUGUUGGCGAACGACUCGAAACUGGCUCGCUUCUACGACGACGAAAUCGACGAUGAUGACGAAGAUGGAGACGCAGAUCUCUACGGUACCGGUGAGAGAGACGUCAAAAUCGCACCCGUCAUCCUACAGCAGAUAUGCAGCAACGAUCAAGCGUGAUUGCUCUCGAUAUGGCGGGACCUCAACCCUCGGUCCACCGUCCAUGCUAUCAUGGUUCGCUCGGAUGUGUCGGAGGCUGGAAUAUCUGCGAUGGACGAUAUCGGCUC